ACAACGCACGAUGCUGGGUGAGGGGAUGAAGAAAAGAGCUGUGUCAAGAUUUGGCUGGAGAUAAUCACCUCAAGGACCAGAUUUCUCGGGUCUACUGUACAACCUCAUAUAGAGGUUCUUUAACCGCCGUCAACCGUUGAGCACCUUCGAAAGCUGGGGAAACUUCUGACCCUGCUUAUCCACUCAUCUGCGUCUGCUUAAUUACAGCUUGCCCUAGGCUAUAUGAACCCUGCGCCUCCGUGAGCACGCCAUCAUGGAACCCUCCGAUUUGACCACACAAAGCAUCCAAAAGCCUGGUGACUCUUCUCUCACGCAAAGUCCUUCAUCCCCUCGUUCGUCUCGCGGAGAGCCACACCGCAUGUCUUCUCCAAGCGCAGAGCAAGGGCCGGCUGCGACACCUGGUCACGGCCAAUCCUACCCAGUCAAUGAAUGCACGCCCAUUGUGUCGAACAGCGAUUCAUCCCGGCGUAAUUAUCAAUCUACGGAAGGACUCAGGAACCGUGAAACUGGGUCCGUGAAUGGCCAUGCCGAGAUCCCGGAACGGCAAAAUGCAAGAGCAACCUCCGCUCAACAGGCCCCCCAGUCAGAUGCGGAGGAGCCGCACGCCUCCUGGUACCGACGAAUGGCCGAGAAGUACGGCAGCUUAGAGCUAGAAAACAAGGGCAGUGUUGCCCGAGAUCAUCUUGCUUUGGAGCGUACAUUCCUUGCCUGGCUGAGAACUUCGCUGGCGUUUGCAUCCAUUGGGAUAGCUGUAACCCAGCUGUUCCGUUUGAACAACACGGGGAACGUGACUGGGGUGGAUCCUUCGUCCCAAACCCUUAAUAUCGAUCCCGCCAGCGUCGCUAUAUCAUCCGCCGCGCAGCGGCUCCGCAGCAUCGGGAAGCCGCUAGGAACCACAUUUAUCGGCGUUGCCAUUCUCAUUCUCCUGGUUGGCUUUCACCGCUAUUUCGAGAGCCAGUACUGGAUCAUCCGGGGCAAGUUUCCGGCCAGUCGUGGCAGCGUUGGGCUGAUCGCAAUCGUCGCUGCUGCGUUAAUAGUAGCUACUCUAGUAGUCAUUCUUGCAAUCUCUCCAGGCGCUGUCGAAGCCUAGCGAGAGAGAGAACGAGUUUUGAAUUUGGCAUUUGAGCGCUGAGCGUGUUUCUUCAGAUAUGUUCUUGUCAUCUGAUUAGUGGGUACGAAACUUCAAAUUGGGUGAAUGGCAUGAUGGGCUGGGGUUGUGGUCAUUGUAUAGGAGAUACCGCGGAACAAUAGCAUGCUGGUUAUUCUAGGCUACUGAGAGAGUGAGUGGUCUAGUGACUGCUGCUUCCUGUGUGCUCAUAUCACGGCUCUGGUCUUCACUUGCAUCUAUGUUCAACUAUGUAUAUGGGAGCAAGCGAAUCAUGAUGUGCAUAUGAUACAACUGAGGUCUGAAACUGACCCGGCAUCUCUUUGCAAUCUAGCAGAAGUGAAGUCGGUGAAGUCUCAAUAGUCUCCAUUAAACUUUAAUGAUUUUCAUACGCCCUGCGCGGUUUUGAGU